AUGGAUUCGCCCUCCGCGACGCCUCGUCGCUCCCAGCGGAUCCAAAACAUAUCCUCUUCUCCAAGCAUGAAAGAGCCGGAGACGCAGACGCAGACCCAGACGCAGACCCAGACGCUAUCGCCAUCCCCCUCCCCCAGAACGAGGACAGCCGGAUCCCCCUCCCCAUCCACGAGAAUGACGGCGCGAAGAUCCCCGUUCCGGCCCACCUCCCUCGAAAUGAUCCUCCUCUCAGUCUAUCCCGCGACCCUGGUGAUCGGCUCCCUCUUCGCCCUGCUCGACCCUGCCGCACGGGCAGCUCCCUACAACGCCGCGACGCAAUCGCACUUCGCCAAUUCCGCGCCCUCGUACUUUGCGAAGAAGAGCAACAUCUUCAACGUCUUUUUCGUCAAGCAGGGCUGGGCCUGGGUUACCGUCAGCUACCUGUUCUUCCUGUUCACCCACCCAUCUACCGGCCCAGCAUCCCUAACCCUCACGCCCAAACGGCUGCGCGGGAUUUUCAGAUACGCCAUCGUCACUGGCUGGUGGAUCUUCGUGACGCAGUGGUUCUUCGGGCCUGCCAUUAUCGACCGUGGCUUCAUGCUCACCGGAGGCCAGUGUGAGCUGGUGGCGCAGGCAGAUGUGGGAGACAUCGAGAUGGACAAUACCAGGCAGUUGGUGACGGGGGUGGCGUGCAAGGCGGUAGGUGGGGAGUGGAAAGGUGGUCAUGAUAUCAGCGGCCAUGUGUUCUUGCUGGUUCUGGGUAGCAUGUUCUUGUUCGAGGAGGUUUUCCAUGUGGUCUUGAAGUCCAGAGGCGCAAAGGAGGAGCGAACCAUAGCCAUGAACGACGGGGCCGUGAAGAGUGCGGAAGUCGAAGCCCAACCGGGAGACGCUGGUCCUGAUCCGUGGACCCUCGGGGCCAAGAUUAUCCUGGGAAUCGGGUGCUUGUGUCUCUACAUGCUUCUCAUGACUGCAGCCUACUUCCACACAUGGUUUGAAAAGUUCACUGGACUCGUAGUGGCAAUGAGCGGCAUCUUCGUGGUGUACUUUCUACCCCGAGCGGUCCCGGCAAUGCGAAGCGUGAUUGGAAUACCGGGUGUAUAA